GUGAAUGACGUCAUUGCGAGCGCCACCUGGUGCCCGUUGCUGGAAGCGCUGCAUGCAGAACUCGGCUCUGAAGAUGGCGGAGGGGGAAUUAAACGUUGAUAGUCUCAUUUCUCGGCUUCUUGAAGUGCGAGGAUGUCGUCCAGGAAAGAUCGUUCAGAUGACGGAAGCAGAAGUUCGAGGACUCUGCAUUAAAUCUCGAGAGAUCUUUCUCAGUCAGCCCAUCUUGCUGGAGCUGGAGGCUCCACUUAAAAUCUGUGGUGACAUCCAUGGCCAGUAUACAGAUUUGUUGAGGUUGUUUGAAUACGGCGGUUUUCCACCGGAGGCAAACUAUCUCUUUCUGGGUGAUUAUGUUGACCGAGGGAAACAAUCUUUGGAGACCAUCUGCCUCCUACUGGCCUAUAAGAUCAAAUACCCUGAGAACUUCUUCCUCUUGAGGGGGAACCACGAGUGCGCCUCCAUCAACCGGAUCUAUGGCUUCUAUGAUGAGUGCAAGCGCAGGUUCAACAUAAAACUCUGGAAGACAUUCACAGACUGCUUCAACUGCCUCCCUAUUGCUGCCAUCAUAGAUGAGAAGAUUUUCUGUUGCCAUGGAGGUCUCUCUCCUGAUCUCCAGUCAAUGGAACAGAUACGUCGGAUUAUGCGACCAACUGAUGUCCCAGAUACAGGGUUGUUGUGUGAUUUGCUGUGGUCGGACCCAGAUAAGGACGUUCAGGGAUGGGGGGAGAAUGAUCGUGGCGUGUCAUUCACUUUCGGUGCCGACGUAGUCAGCAAAUUCCUCAACCGCCACGAUCUGGACCUAAUCUGCAGGGCACAUCAGGUGGUUGAAGAUGGUUAUGAGUUCUUUGCCAAGCGGCAAUUGGUCACUCUGUUCUCUGCACCAAACUACUGCGGGGAGUUUGACAAUGCCGGUGGAAUGAUGAGUGUGGAUGAGUCACUCAUGUGCUCUUUUCAGAUCCUGAAGCCAUCAGAAAAGAAGGCAAAGUAUCAGUACAGCGGGGUGAACUCAGGGCGGCCUGUGACCCCGCCCCGUACGGCUCAAGCCCCCAAGAAGAGGUGAGCGACUCGCCACCCAGAACUACACCCUCCAUCCCCCAACCUUCAGCAAACUAGCCCAUCUGGGGCAGCUUUACCCUCCAAAAUCUCUUACUUGCCCUGCCAAACUUCUUUCUCUUUUCUUAAAAUUUGUGUACAGAAAUUUUGCUGUGACCAGUCGGAUUCUCUUUUCUUUUGCUCUGCUUGUUUGUUUAUUGGUAUUUUAAUAACAUAAAUAAUAAUAACAAAACUUCUUUGGGAAGCAACUGCUGAGAUGAAAAAACCCAGAGCAAAACACACACUCAUUCAACUCACGCAAAAGAUCUCUGUAGUGUCCUGAUGUAUAAGCAUUGUAUUAAACUUUUCUUCAGUAUUCUUUGAUUGUUGAACAUUAAUGUUGAUUCAUAAAGAAAGAGUGACGAUUGUAAGUAUUUGAAGGUUGUCGUGUAUUUCGCUACACUCUGAAGUUUCAAGAGGCUUUCACGCACACACACAAACUCAUACUUUAACUCUGUCGGGGUGCUUGAUCACAGGUCAGCAGAUACUUUACAUGAAUACAGACACGAUCCGUUGUCGAUAAACUAGUUCAGUGUGGACGAAGCUAGAAAAGGGAUUUUAACUCGGAUAACGUGACACACAUUUUCACAGCUGCAUUUACCAACGGCAUUGCAUGUUCUUAAUACCUCUGGGAUUUACAGUGAAACUCUAUACACCUCUGUUUAAUGUGCUGUUUUUAUGUCUUACGAUAGUAAUAAUUCAGGAGAAAAGUGUCGCAGCAUAACACUUAAGACUUGCAUGACCCUUGUACACGUCAGUAAUAACCCGUCUGAAACAAUGUAGUCCCCCAGCCAUUUUUUCAUUGGAUAACAAAACAGCUGACACAAAUAGAGCCUCCAAGUGUUUGUUCAAUAUUAAAGAAAUGUACUUGUUUGAAGCUCCCCAACAUCAUUUAGAAGGUUAAAACUGAAUCUAUUGGAUUUAAGAGCUUUUUGCCUAAAAGCGUAGCACAUGUGACUAAACAAUGCCUUUUUGUGAGGGAUGCAUUUCCUCAUAUUCCUGAUAUUCACCUGUUAUAAUUCAUUCUUUUGAAAUGGUUUUAUUUGUGUGUGUUGCUGUUUACUUCUUCUCCUUAAUUUAUUUCCAAAUGUUGGGAAAGCUAUCAGAGUGUUCUAAAAGCAGUUCAUGAGUUUUGUAUAAGUGGGCUUCAAUCUUAAUAAAUGGAAGAAAACUCUC